GACGAUGGGAAUAUUAUAAGGGAUGUCAUAGAGUGGAUUGUAUACUCACACUUUCCUCACUUCGCUCUUUUCUUUUUCUUACGAGCAUUUCUCAAAUCUGAGUUCUCAGGCUUAGUGAUGGCUCAAGCAAAUCAACUGGUUCUGGGAGGUUCAAGCAAAAGAAAGGAAACUUUAGCGCCAAGGUUAAAGAUCACCGUCCCCUAUUUCGAUAACACAGAGCUCAUCAAGGGUUGCAAUUGCACUCUCAUUGUCCAUUGUAUGAAUCUGACGGUUCAGGAGAUGAAGGCGCUACUAUUCAUGCUACCGAGAAUCUGGAAGGUUGAAGAGCGUGUGGCGGGAGCAGAUCUUCGAAUGGGGAGGUUCCAGUUCGAUUUUGUUGAUGAGGAAGAUAUCCAGGGGGUUUUACAAAUGGGACCUAUUGGACAAGCCAUUGGGACAGUGAAGCAAGUGGACUUGGAUGGAGGAAGGGUACAAAUAGCCAUUGACGGGUUCAAACCAAUAAUCUUCGAGACAACAAUGGAAUUCCACAGCGGCGAAGAGACUACUGUGAUUCUGAGGUAUGAGCGAUUGCAUGUAUACUGCAGGGAAUGCCGGAGCCUCUGCCAUGAAUCCAGUGGAUGUCCCACUUUGUUACCAAAGAGGGAACGAAGAGAUGUGAUGCGGUAUUCAGAGGAGAAACCAGAAGGGGGAGGAAAUAGCUAUAAGGGAGCACUUCGGGGUACGGGAGAGAGAACGAAGGAUAUCACAGAUCAGGAAAAACCGCUGGAAGAAUCCUCCAGAGGGAAGGGUGUGUUAACGGAGAACCGAGAGGAGCAGAGACUCCCUCGAUCAGGAGGGGUACAACAAAAGGUGAAUGGCGAUUCAUUGAGGAGAUUUUCCAGACCUUUGCCACCGAGAGAGGACAGUAAGCGGUUUGGUGGAACUUCCAGAAACAUCCACCGGUCUAAAGAGGAUCAUUCUUCUGGGCUAACCAGCAUUAAGGAUAAAACAGAGGAAGGGACAGAGAACAAGCAUGGGGGAAACGAUAAAGACAGCCCUCCUCAACAUUCUGCCAAGAAGGUUAGAAAAGGCUUAAUGUUAGAGGACAACACUAUGACAAUGGAUGAUUUGAAUACCAGGAUUAAUCAAGUUGUCAUGGAAGAAUCUGAGAAAGCAGUUAUGGCAGAAGCAGAGGCAGGGGUUCAAGAGGAGGAGGGCGGCAGAGCA